AUGAAGUUCACCGCCCUUGCCAUUGCUGCCUUUGCCGCCGUCGCCGUCGCCCAGGACGACGGAGGACUCGACGCCCUCAAGUCCCAGUACCCCCAGUACUUCUCCGGCGUCACCUCUCUGUCCGUGCCCGCCCAGUACCAGACCGCCGUUCCCCAGCAGCCCCAGCAGCCCGCCCCUGCUCCCCAGCAGUCCCAGGCUCCUGCUCCCGCCCCUGCUCCCCAGCAGCCUUCUCAGGCCCCCGCCCCUGCUCCUUCUCAGCAGCAGCCCACCCAGGCUCCCGCCCCUGCUCCCGCUCCUGCUCCUUCCCAGGGAGGCAACAAUGGUGGCUACCAGCUCCCCCCCAACUUCUCCUCCCUGCUGACCCAGGGUGGUGCCCCUGAGCCCACCAAGGCCGGAGGAUACCAGCUGCCCCCCAACUUUUCUUCUCUGCUCACCAUGAAGCAGGAGCCCGAGUCCACCAAGGCUGCCGGUUACCAGCUGCCUCCCAACUUCUCCUCCCUGCUGCCCAAGAUCCCCGACUCUCCCUCUGAGGCUGAUGUCACCGGCCAGGGCAACGUUCCCCUCGUUGUCCCCUCCGCCACUCCUCUUGCUGACGGCCAGAAGGGUGAUGAGAACUUCGGCGAGCUCCAGUCUCUCUUCGGCUCCUUCUCCGGCAACCUCGACAAGGUCCAGGAGUAA